CUCCGACUGGCGCGGAAGGAGCGUGAGGAGGGGGGAAAGUGCCGCGAUGGAGGACAUAAAAAAUUGCCAAAGGAGAAUGGAUAACCCCUGGCAGGUCAGCAGGAAGUAGCACCUCAAAGACACCUGCUGGUGGGUAGGGAGAAUGCCUGCAGUUGCUGCUGCCAGUGUGCUGGAAGGUCACAGACGGCUCAUUCCUGGCAGGUGGGAUCGGCAAGUGAAGGCACUUCACACUUGCAAGCUGUCCAAAAAAUUGAAAACAGAUAAGAAUCGUACUCAGGAACUUGCCUCUUGUAUGAGAUAAUGGUGUUUGAAAACACUGAAGUUCACUUUCCUUGUGGAUGUGAAACUCAACAAGAAGAUGUUUGAUUGGAACAAACAUACCGAUGGAGCCUCAGCUGCUUCGGGAAAAGGCGCAGAAAGAAAAGUUAAUGAAGACUCCUUAAGACAGCAGUUAAGCAGCAGCUUAAGUGUCCAGGAACCUGAGCUGGCUGUGCCUGGACCAUCCGCUGCGCAGAGCAGACAAGGCUAUUGCAGCUGUUGCCACCUACACUACAGUAACCUUGAACAGCAUGUAUACAGUUCCCAGCAUAGACUCUUUGCCUCUUACUGUAGGAAUCGCUUGGGUACAGCUAGUCUGAUGGAACGUUUUCUGCAGGAUGUUCUCCAGCAUCAUCCCUCUAGAUACCACGAUAACAGACCAACCUAUGAUGACAUGCCGCUCCCCAGCCCCUUGCUUGUUCCCAGGGAUGAAUCUGUUCUCUCCGUGGAAGCCUUGGAGAAAGAGAAAACGACAAGCAGGGGGGAAGCACCCAGCACUGAGUGUGGCUUCACUGCUGAGUCAGGCUGCCUUGUUUCCCAGAGAUCACGGGAGGAACCGAAGGAGACUUAUGCGCCAGUGACGUCUAUUCAAAAGCCGGACAGGGGACAAGAGCACAGUCUGGAAACUUCACAGCACACUACAGGCAUUCUCAGUAAUACAACCCCCCCUUGUCAGCCAGAAGGUGCUCAGACUGGACGUAGUCGCCAGAAAGCCCCAUUUAUAGCUGUGACCCUCUUGUCCCGUUCAUUACCCAUCAGCCACUUCCCACCCACUCCUCCUGUAACUGCAAAAAAUGUUAGAAGCUUAACCAUGCCAGAUUUCGUUUCAAAUAGCAGGUAUGAGCAACCUAAGCACGGCCUAUGCAGUCAAGACAGAUUGCCGAAUUCGAACUCUAGUCCGCUUUUGUGGUCUGCCCAGUCAAGAACAGCUUCACACGAGAGUCCCGUCGGUAGCCAAGGCAACUCUUUAAGCUCAGGUCAGUUUAUUUUGAAACAAGACGUCUCGCAGCCUCAGGAUGAAACUCUGAUCUCUGAUUUCUGCCUCAGGGACACUCGCAACCCUGCGGGUAAAAGCUGCUCUUUGAAUUUCGGAGCCGCUCCUCAGUUAGCAGGAAAAAAAGAAAGCAAGAUGAGCGGAAGGGAUGAAACUUCCGUAGACGAAAUCAUUGAAGAAGUCAUUUUGAAAUAUUGCUACGAAGCUCUCCCCAAAGAGCUGCCCUGCGAAGAUGAAGGGAAGAAUUCCAGCAUAAAUAUUCUGUCUCUUCUGGACCACAGUAGCCUGCAUGACUCGGACAUGAGCUUUGAUUGCGAUGCAGCCAUCCAGUCCGGAGCAGCCCCACCCAAAUCAGCACUUGACAAUCUGGAGCUUCUUAAGGAUGUUCACGUCAGUUUGCAGGAUGAGAGUUACGGCACACAGCUCAGCUGCAUUCUCCAGAACAGCUCAGUACAGCAAGCAGCGGAAGUGGAAGAGAAUGCGUCGAGUAAGGAGCCAGUUCUUCCAGCUCUCCCCCAUGUGCCUCCUUCCUUCGUAGGAAAGACGUGGUCUCAGAUCAUGUAUGAAGAUGACAUGAAAAUUGAAGCCCUCGUACGGGAUUUCAGGGAAGGUCGCUUCCGGUGUCACUUUGAUACUGAAUCCUUGGCUAACUGUACAAAGAGGAGAGGAAAAAAGAAAAGGUGGAAAGAUGGAAGGAGGAGUGACAUGAACAUGGCGAACAAAGCAGAAGCCGAAACAGCUCAAGGGCUGCCAGAUGUUACUGGGAUCUUAACUGCUGGCUCUGAGCUCGGCAACUCCUCUGUCAUUUCAGAAGCACGCGAAAUUCCAGAAAUAAGGAAGCCUCAAAAAAGAACUUGGCGCCUUGCCUCAAGAUGCCAGGUGGUCAAGGUUAGUCACGGCACCCAAACCAGCUUGGUACACUGUCCAGUGGUGAAACAAAGAAUUGUUAGAAAGGGGCAGAAUCCGCCAGAUCAGAAAGCGAACCUUGUUUGGUCAGAGAAUGAGAAGACUCCAAACAUGAAAACUAGACUGUGUGCUCUCAAGCUUCCUGAGUCUUACACCAAAAUUAUGAGUCCUCUGCAGCCCCAAACUGUAGUUUAUGUUCUUUCUUGCCCAGAGAUGAAACAGUUCAAGAGCAAAGCUGUUGACGCCCCGCAAAGGAGGAGAAGUCGCCAAUCUACGGAUAGUAAGGAAUAUGUAAAGUACAAGUACAAACAAUGUUCUAUGAAAUAUUACGACCCAUUGACGAAUAGAGUUUUAAAAACACUCCCCAGAAGCAUCGCCGGGGAAAAGGCAAAGAAGCCUCCGCAUGUCCGGCAGCUAUUCAGGAGUCUCAGCCUUGAUGCGAACAGGAAGAAGCAAGCUGCCGGGCAGCACGGGUGUCUUCUGCACAAGCCCUUCAGAUCAGUAGAUUUCCACAGUUCAUCCGCGUCUUUCAUGCCAGAUCCUGUUAAGGAGAACGAUGGGAAUUCAGGUCACAGGACAGACGGGUCUUCCAUUUCCACAGAAAAAUCUGAGUGUUUGGUAUGUAAUAAUUCAGAGAAAUCCUAUAAGCACUUAGUACUUUCACCAUUGAACGCUCACCAAUCACAGCAGGAAGAUGACUUUAAGGUAACUCCAUUAAAUAGAAAGGAAGUCAACUCAUCCUUGAAGUCACUUGUGUCUGACUAUUUGGAAAGAGGCAGUCCAAAGACAAAAUGGCAGAGGAAAAAAAGCAAUAGUCGAGAACCAGGGCUUUCCCAAAAAACGUUAGGACCAGUUUUUGGGAGGCAUAGUCUUGUAAGAAGAAGCAGUAGGAAACAGGCACCCAGGACUACAGCCCAACCAAGCGAUGGGAGAAGAAAGAUUUCUUCUUGCACUCUGAAAUCCUCUGCUUUGCCCGUUUCCAGGUACCAAACAAAGGAAACUACUGUAGGAAAGCACCUUAAGAAAGAAAAACCUGAUGCUAAAAAGCUAAAGGUGAUGAGGAAGCCCCAAAGGGUGUUUCUGAACACUACAGCCGUCAUGGGUGUUCCUGAAAAGAGGCAGAGGGCCACUAAAAGGACGUCUUUGAAAAUAAAAAAAUGGGAGGUGAACGGAGACAAGGGUCUCCUUUGCGCUGUGAAAUGACUGGAUUGUGUCUUGCUUUAAUAAGGGGCCAAUAAAAACAUUUCUUUUUAUCCAAGAACAGGCUGGAGAAGAGAGACAUGGGGGUGGGGUGGGUUUAGAAAUCUUUUGAUGCACCAGAGCUGCAAUGGAAUUAGCUCAGGUUCGCCAAUAAGCUAAUACACACGGUUUGUGUUGCUGCACAUUGCACUGCUCUGUUACGUGGUAAUUGCAAAAUGGGUAUAUUUGUCGAAAGCACUGAAGGCCCUGUUUAGUAGGCUUUUGUGUAUCUUUGUCACAUCAGAAACACAUUGAAUUUGAACUGCAUCUUGUCCCACUCCACUAAAACAUUUUGCAUUACAUCUUCAGAGUUGCCUUGUACAUGAGACUCUAGUUUUCAGACCCAUCGUACAAAAAAAACCCCUCCACCCACAGUAACCUGGGUUCCAAAGUAGCACUGGUUGAAGAGAAGGCAUUCCUGCACAUUAGAGGGGAAUUCCCAAUUUCCUCCAACGUCAGCCCUCUGUGUUCUUUCCCUAUGAAACCGUCUUCGGAAGACCCCACAAUUCACUUGGAGCCAGAUUUCAUAUGGUAGGGAAGGGGGAAAUUGAUGGCUCUUCCCCCGAAUGAGCAGAAAUGCUCAUGAGCAGAAAUGCUUUCUGCUUAUGCACUGAGAUUUUAUUUUAUACCUGAACUGGAUGGUGCAAGCUGGCCCAAUCUUGGAAGCUAAGCAGGGCGAACCUAGGUAGUACCUGGAUGGGAGACCACGAAGGGAGUCCAAGGUUGCUCUGCAGAGGCAGGCAAUGACAAACCAUCUCCCUGUUCGUAUCUUGCCUUGAAAAACCUACAGGAUUGCCCUAAAUCAGCUGCGACAUGUUGGCACUUUAUACAUCCAGUGGGGUUUUGGAAUCCAAAUUAAUUAUUGUGAUAGAAAUUAAAGAGCAUAAUAUAUAUUUGAAAUUUCUGUAACUUGUGGCCAGCAAUAUGAUACAAUGAAAAUCAGUCAGAUUAACUGCGCGAUCUUAAGCACUAAAAAAAAAAAAUCGACACUCAGGACAGUGGAAUUUAAUCUAGGGUUGCCAGCACAACCAGCUGGAGACUCAUGAAUGGGGGAGGGACCUCUUUGCCUACUGACAUUGCUUACUGGCAAUGAUGACAUCACUUCUGGCCCAACUGGAAGUGACCUCAUCACAUUGCCCGCAACUUCGUAACAUUCAGUCCAAACUCUUGUUUGGGCUGCAUGCUACAGCAUCAGUGGUGAUGCGACAACAUUACUUGUGCUGGAAGUGAUAGCACCUGAUGGUCCUGCAGGUAGAGGUGGGGUGGGAGGUCUCCCAUCAAAGUGGGAAUCCUGGCAUCUUUGAUUUAACCUCUAGGAGAUCUAUUUAGGAUUUCAGCAGGUGGCAUCAAAGAUCUUGUGUGAAGUUUGCACAGUUCUCCAAAACUGCUCAUUUCCCUUCUGCUGAUGUAAACAAGAUCACUAGAGACCAUCACUCUAAAAACUAGAGUCCAGGACCAAAAAGAGAACCACCUUUUUCUAAUCUUUUAUGUUCUUUUUCCAUUUUUGGGUUUGGUUAAGAGCCAAUUUGGUGUAGUGGUUAAGAGCGCAGGACUCUAAUCUGGAGGAGCAGGUUUGAUUCUCCACUCCUCCACUUGUAGCCAGCUGGGUGACCUUGGGUCAGUCACAGCUUCUAGGAGCUUUCUCAGCCCCACCCACCUUACAGGGUGAUUGUUGUUGUGGGGAUAAUAAUGGCAUACUUUGUAAACCGCUCUAAGCAGGUGUUAAGUCAUCCUGAAGGGCAGUAUAUACAUCAAAUAUUAUUCCUGCAAGAAAAACUGGUCCACAGCCCUUAGACAGUGCAAAAUGGUUAAUGCAUUUUAUGUACGUGCAGUUAGGUAAGGGAUCUGAACGCAGCCCUGAUACGUCCCAUUUUUGUCAGCUCAGAAUAUAAUUGUGCAAGUAUUUGAAAAUAAGUCCAAUCAGCAAAAUCUUGCUUAGGGCAAAAGUUCUGAAAGACAGCAGUUUAUGUUUAAACAAAUCUUGAUUUAAGAGGUAAUGUCCUAUAAAAUAAGUUGUGACUCUUAGAAAAUAUAUUUAAAUGCAGAAUCUACUGCAUGUGCCUGGAAACAUACUUAAAAUAUGCUACCUUAAAAAGUUACAUAUGAUCCAUUUGAUUUGGAAAACUUUGUAUUCUAGGAAGUGGCCUCGCCGGCAGGCAUUGACGCAAGUCUGAAUGUUUCUCCGUGUUCUGCACCAGUGGCUGUGGGGUGGUUCUUUUAUCUGAGCUAGAGUAGCAUAUAAAUUAAUAGUGCCUCAUUUGAUAUUCUGUCAAAUACAAAAGUGAUUUUUAAAACAAGUUCUUAAACUGAUAGUUUUUUUACCAUGAAGUUACUUUAUAAAUAAAAAGUUUUAACACAAAAGGGUUCUUUGUAAACAUUAAGUUUGUUUUAAAGCAAAAUUUUAUGGUAGGUUCUAAUCACUUUACCUUAAUCACUACUGACCAAUUUCAGGUUAGCAUAUUUUUAUGGAUAAGUGUGUCCUUUCUACCUAACUUUUGCAAAUUCAUUUUUUAAAAUGAUGCCGGUACACAAAUUAAUGUUGUUUAUAAAAUGUUAAGAAUGUUUUGGUUAAGUAUAUUUGUGUAUUUUGGACAGUUACUGAAUAAGCUGAUUUUACGUAUUCGGUUCUGUUCCUCAGCUUUCCCAUUUUCCUUCACAACCUUGAAAUGGAAUAACUUUAAAAUUCUUUUGUAUAUUUGCAUGAAAAUCUCUUUUUGUAAAUAGGGCCCUCAGAGUUGUGUUUUUUUUUU